AUGGCUGCCGCUACAACUCUCCUUCAGGGAGGGACCGUUCUCUACCACGGCAGAAAGGACAACGUCGAGGUGCUCCGCAACACCGAUAUUCUCAUCCAGGCCAACAAGAUCGUCAAGAUCGGACAGAAAUUGUCUGCUCCCUCGGGCGCGGCGAUUACCGACUGUCGCGGCAAGAUUAUUAGUCCUGGCUUCAUCGACACGCAUCAUCACCUGUGGCAGACGCAGUUGAAGGGUCGACACGCCGAACAGUCGGUGUUUGACUAUAUUCCCAGCGGAUUCUGGCAGAGCUACGUGUACAGCCCGCAAGACAUCUUUUGGGGCCAGCUCGGCGGUGCGCUGGAGUCGAUCGAUGCGGGGACAACGUUUGUGCUCGACCACGCGCACGGGUGCCAAACCAGGGAGCACGUCACCAAAGCUCUAGCAGCAACAUGUGCAUCUGGCAUCCGCUCCAUCUUUGCCUACGGCCACGCACCGUAUUUCACCAAGUGGGACAAAGACACGUGCGAACCGUCCAUGGACAUCAUGCCCAAAUCCACCAUGGACCAUCUCUUCGAACUCGCGGCGAAACAGCCCUUUGGCCACGGCCGCGUCACGCUCGGGUUCGCAUUUGACUAUUAUUUCCUGCCGCAGCAGGCCGUGACGGGCAUCUUUGAAGCGUUGAGAAACGCGGGCGUCAAAAACUUCACCAGUCAUUAUGCCAAGAAUGCUACCUUUGGUCAACACCCUCUAAUCAACACCCUCAACGCCUACGGACUGAUCAAGUCUCCGUCGGACAUUCUCCUCUCCCACGCCACGGGACUCACGGCGCAAGAAACCGAUCUACUCGUAUCAUCGCAAGUACCCGUGUCCUCGACGCCCGAGACCGAGUCCCAGAUGGGGUUCGGCUGGCCCAUCGCGUUCCAUCCCGGCGUCAACUUCAGCUUCGGCGUCGACUGCCACACCAACAACACGUCGUCGAUCCUCGGACUGGCCCGCUCGGCGCUGCAGAUGGCGCGGCAGCAGGGUAACCUGCCCAACGUCGAGCAGGGGGCCAUGGCACUGACGCUGCGCGGCAGCGCCGAGGAGGCGUUCAACGCGGCGACGAUCCGGGCCGCGCGCGCCGUGCAGCUGGGCGACAAGAUCGGGUCCCUCGCCGAGGGCAAGCUGGCGGACCUGGUCGUCUUCGACACGCUGCACAGCACGGGGAUGAGCUGCGUGGCGGACUCGGACCCGCUCACCGCGGUGGUCCGGCACAGCGACGUCCGCGACGUCGAGGCCGUCAUGAUCGACGGCGUGUGGCGCAAGAAGGACGGCAAGCUCCGCCCCGUCACCGUCGAGGGCACCAACGAAACCCUCGAGUGGUCGCACGUCCGGACCAAGCUGAGAGACAGCGCGGGCCAGAUUGCCGAGAAGCAAAAGGGGCUGAACAUGGACAAGGCCAAGGAGGCGUUGAUCGCCAUGUUUCGCAUUGAUCGGUCGAAGCUUGUCAAGGACGCGUAG